AUGUCUGAAGUUACAAUUAAAAAAAUAGUUGAAAUACCAAAUGAAGGAAAUAACGAACAUCCUGACUUCAAAACCAUAUCACCUAAAUUAUGUUCUGGAAAUGGAUAUAUUUAUCUUCAGGGAGGGUCAUUAAGAAAAAUACAAACAGACCAAUUUAUUGAAAAUUUAUGGCAAUUUGAUAUUUCAAAUUUAAUUUGGAGAAAACUUGGUAAUUUGGAGAAUUUUAAAUUAGGAAGAGAGCACCAUACAAUUACUUUUGAUAAUGAAGUCAUUUAUGUUAUUGGAGGAACUAAUAAAAAUAAUCCAGAUGGUAUUUCAGGUAUUGAUAAGAUCAAUGUAAAUACAUUUGAAGUAACUCACUUUGACUCUCCUUCUUUAUCUAAAAGAAGUUUUCAUACUUCAGUUAUUAAAAGUAGUAAAAUUUAUAUUAUUGGAGGGUUAAUUCCAAUUGAAGGAAAAACAAAAGGAGUUCCAUGUGACUCUUUUAUAAUUUAUGACACUAAAACUGAUGAUAUUAAAAUACAAAAAUUACCAUUUGGAGGUAUUGCACAACACACAUCAUUUAUUGAUGAUAAUGGACUUAUUUAUAUUAUUGGUGGUAAAGGAGAUAAUAAUGUUAGUAAUAAGAAUAUUUAUAUUUAUGAUAUUUAUAAAUCAAAAUGGGAAACUAUUCCUUCUCCAAUUAAUCUUGAAUUAUUAAAUCUUCAAUCAGUUUUUGUUGAAAGUAAAAAAAUCGCAGUUCUUGUUGGUGGUAGAUUAGGUGCAUACAAAAGAAAUUCAUCAAUAUAUAUUCUUAAUACUAAAACUAAAUCAUUAUAUAAAAAAGAUAAUGGAAUAGAAUUUGUUGCUCCUGAUUGUGGUAUUUGUUUACUUAAAGAUUCUAUCUUUGCUUUUGGAUCAUUUGAUAAAAAUAUUUCUGUAUUAAGUUUUGAUGAAUUCUUUUCAAUUAAUUCAUUAGUAAAUAGUUCAACUCGUGUUAUUGUAAAUGGAGUUUCAUGCGUUUCGGUUGAAGUAGGAGAAAAACCCAAACUAGAUGAAAAGGUACAAAAAACACUCGAAAUCUCAAAAUGUGAUUAUGAUGAAAUCUCAAAGAUUCUUUUGGAAAAUGGAUUUAAUACAGAUGAUACAUUUUGUUUACUUGAUCAACCAAUUUGUGAAGAAUUAAAAAUUGAUCCAAUUGUUAGUGCUGAACUAAUUUCUAAAAGGUCUGAUGUAUAUGAUGAAAAUAAUAAAUUUGGAGAAGAUGCUCUUAAAAAUUUUAAUUAUCUUACAGAAUGUGAAGUAGGUGAAAAAUUAGGAAAUGGAGCAUUUGGAGUUGUUUGUAAAGGAAUGUGGCUUGGAACUACUCCUGUUGCAAUGAAGGCUAUAGAUGGAGCAUUAGAUAAACCAGAAAAAUUACAAGAAAUAAUUAAAGAAGCAUAUGUUACACAAUUAAUGAAACACCCUAAUGUAAUAACGAUGUAUGGUUUAUACAAAAAUGAAGAAAGUUUAUUUAUGGUUAUUGAUUUAGCUGAAGGUUGUUUAUUAGACUAUGUCCAAAAUAAAGGUGGUAAAUAUCCUGAAUCUAAAAGAAUGAUAUUCAAAGAUUAUGUAAGAUGUGCUAUGGAUGUUGCUUCUGGAAUGGCUUAUCUUGAGUCACAAAAAAUUGUUCAUAGAGAUCUUGCAUUAAGAAAUGUUCUUUAUAUUCAUGAUAAAUUAGGAAUUCGUGGUAAAGUAGCAGAUUUAGGAUUAUCUCGUAAAUCUGAAACUGGAGAAUAUGCAGCUAAAUCUACUGCUAAAACAAUGCCAAUUAGAUGGACUGCACCAGAAGCUGCUGCAAGAGGAAUUUUUACAAUAAAAAAUGACGUUUGGGCAUACGGAAUUACUUUAUGGGAAUUAUUCACAAAAGGAAAACUUCCAUACUCUGCUUUAAAUAAAGAAGAUGUUAUCCCUUCUGUUAAUGCUGGUACUCGUUUAGAAAAACCUGAUUAUCUUAAACAUCCAAUUCAAACUAUAAAUAGAAGUGCAUGUGAAGAAGAGGUAUCUGAAGAUGAUGGAUAUGGAGAAACACAAGAAGAAUUAUCAAAAUCCACAAAAAUAGAAGAAAGUGAUGAUGAAAUUGGAAAUGAUAUUUGGGAAAUGAUGUAUCGAUGCUGGGAUAUUGAACCACAAAAAAGGCCAACAUUUAAAGAGAUAUAUAAAAUAUUGGAAAAAGUAAUGGAAAAAAUUCCAAACGAACAGGUAGAACAAGAAGUCAAAGAAGAAAGCGAAGAAGAUAAUGGCUAUGAAUAA